GAGAUGAUUUUAACCCGUGUACUUGCAUUUCAUUGCCUUCGUGGGCCUAAUCUGGGCCGCUGAGGGGGUAAUAUUGGUGGGCCAACGGAUUUCUACCUGGCCGGAGAGAUGGGAAACGCCUAUUAAUCGGCUCGUUGCUUCCGAAUGAGAUUUGAAUUGGGCCAGGCCAAUCUCAUCGUCCUGCGUGACAAGGAUGGCCAUACUAUCUGCUGGGAUGCAAAUGGCGGCGAUGGGAGGUCCUUGGAUAAAUAGCUCGUGGAUGCGCAGCUAACUCAGCAGUAUCACUUCGACCGUCAAAGCGAAAGGAUCGUCGCAGGAUGAGUGACUUCAGUAUCGAGUAUAUUUUGAACCGAGCCGGUGACAGAUAUGUGGGCACCAAUGCCUCCUUGGGAGUCCUGCAGCGACUUCGUGCCAGCUUGCCCUUCCAUCCGUACGCCCACCCAGCAUCUUAUUCCUCGAAGGAGUCUGCAGGUUCUCCUCCAGUCUCUGCCGCAGAGGCUCAGAUUCCCGUCUACGACUGGCUGCAGUACACCCGCUACCAUCCGCCCAAGUUGCCCAGGGCCCUCCGCCACAAUGCUCCCGCAAAAAGAACUCCUGGUCGCCUGCCCCGCAUCCCAUUUACUCCGCAGCAGCUGCAGGCCUUGGAAAGUGCCUACAAGGAGUCCAACUACCUAAGCGCGGAGGACGCCAACAAACUAGCGGACUCCUUGGAGCUGACCAACACGCGGGUCAAGAUCUGGUUCCAGAAUCGAAGGGCUCGCGAGCGACGGGAGAAACGCGAAAAGGACGAGAGCUGCGACUCCACCUUCUCAUCGAACGCUUCCAGUCCGGAACCGGAAAUGAUCGUUGUAUCUUGAGCUGGGGAAGGAUAUCCAAAUGGACUGUAACUGUUAGGAAUUUAGUGGCUUUCUGUAAAUAUAAUUCAUAGACCUAACAAUAAAAAUAAGA